AAAAGUGGUAAAAUGGCUACGAAAUGGAAGAUUGCCUUGUUUGCUUCAUGGCUUUUGUUAUCAACUGCUCAUUCCUUCUAUCUCCCUGGUGUCGCCCCUCGUGAUUUUCAAAGGGGUGAUCCCCUGUAUGUUAAGGUGAACAAACUGUCAUCUACAAAGACACAAGUACCAUAUGACCAUUACUACUUAGACUACUGUAAACCAGCCAAGAUUGUGAACAAUGCUGAAAAUCUGGGGGAGGUGCUACGUGGUGACUGCGUAGAGAAUUCCGUCUACACCGUGAGCAUCUGUUACCUUUUGUGGUGUUAUGUAUUUGCUGUUGGUGAAAAGUGGUAUUCAGUGGAAAGUUUGAAAUGA